GUUAAGCUUUCAGAGAGGAAAAUGCUUACAGCACUAACAUGAUUUAACUGAUGAGAUAUCAUAACCCAAGUCUGCUCAAAACGUUCCUGAACUACUGAGCUUCAGAAAUUAUAUUCAAUUGACCUUUCUCAGGAAAUAGCUGAGGGAUGGCAAUGAAAUAUUUCCUGUUUUUGGCUGCUGCUGCUGCUGGGUUCCUGCCUGUUUUGACUUUAAGAUACAAAGCAGCUAGAGCCCGAUUUAAAAGCCUUUUGACUGAAUCACCAAUUAUCCAAGAACAAAUCGUGAAUCUGCACAACAAGAUAAGGAGAGAAGUAGUUCCUUCAGCCAGCAACAUGGUGAAGAUGAGUUGGAGUGAAGAAGCUGCAGAAAAUGCCAGAACUGUGUCAAAGUAUUGUGAUACUGUAGAAAGUGAUGUGGUUGACAGGAGACUUGCAAAUACCUUUUGUGGAGAAAAUAUUCAUCUGGCACCUUUUCCUUACUCAUGGUCCAACGUAAUUGAAAUCUGGUACAAUGAGUCUAAAAAUUUCAAAUAUGGAGAAUAUAUAUCACAAGAUGAAGUAGUAACUCGGCAUUACACUCAGCUUGUUUGGGCCACUUCUUACCUCAUUGGCUGUGGUGUUGCAGUGUGCCGACAACAAAGGAUAUUUCACUAUCUCUACAUCUGUCACUAUUGUCAUGAGGGAAACGAUCCUGAGACAAUUUAUUUGCCUUAUAAGGAGGGCCCCCCUUGUGGAGACUGUCCAAAUCACUGUGAUGAUAAACUUUGUACUAACCCAUGCCUCUUCUUUGAUGAACGCACCAACUGUGAGAUACAAGUAAAGCAUCUUGGAUGCAGCCACCCAUCAGUUCAAUUAUUCUGCAAAGCUUCUUGUAACUGUGACACUGAGAUAAAAUAGCUUUUUGUUUUUUGCAAUGAUACUGUGCCAGAUGAGGAGAUGUCUGUUGGAUCAUCUUUUCCUUAUUUUACCUCAAUAGCUUCAGAUGAAUUUCACUCCCUCUUAUUUAUGCUGAAGAUCCCAAUUUUUAAUAAUCGUUUAUGGACAUUAGUAUAUUUUCAUCAGUGCCACCCACUCCUGUCCUGAUACAUAUGAAGUAGCAUUGUUUUAAAGUUUCUUUAAGGCUGGAAUAAAGGGUUGAGUUUUCCACCUAACUGAAAUUUAAAUCACAUAAUUUAAAAUUCCUAGGUUGACAUAAUCCAACUGAUUGGUGGUGUGAUUGCAUCAUCAGAAACCUAUGCUUAAGCAGCAUCUUACCGAUUUUAACUCUCUUUUCUGCUUUUACCAUUGUCUCCAUCCUGAUGUUUCUCUGAAUAGCUAAAUUCUUUAAUUUUUGAUUUUGUUUUUAUUGUAAAUUAAUCAUUAAAAUCCACAAA